UUGACAGGAAGGAGAGAAGACAGGGUUAGGCGUAGAAACUGCAGCUCCGCGCUGAAAGCUCAGCCACAGCACACCUUGAACUUCCCCCUCGCCCAGCCUCGAGUCAGCCAAACCGCAAAAAGUUGAUCAGUCCGGAUAAUGGAGCCCGGCGCGAGCCCGCUAAGACGCGACCCCAGGGUUCCACUCAGUCUGUUCGAGGUGCUGACAAUCAACCACAGUGUUCCAGCAGAAUGCCUUUCUCAUCCUCCUGCGGCAGCCCAGCUCCUGUCUAAGUUGAACUCUAUGCAGCUGGCCAUCAGUGGGAUCCUGACCCUGUUCACUGUGGUCUCUAUCAUCAUCUAUGUGGAGGAUGCCUUUUACCUGUACAAGCAUAUACAGUGCCCAAUCAAAAGGAAGACCCUGAUAUGGAAUAGUUCUGCUCCAACGGUAGUGUCUGUAUUUUGCUGCUGCGGGCUCUGGAUCCCCCGCGCCUUGAUAUUCGUGGAGAUGGCUGUCACCACGUAUGUUGCCGUUUGCUUAUACUUGACAAUGAUGGUCAUGGUGGAAGGCUUUGGUGGGAAGGAAGCAGUGCUGAGGACUCUGAAGGACGUCCCGAUGGUAAUCCACACUGGCCCUUGCUGCUGUUGCUGCCUCUGCUGUCCCCCCUUAUUCCUUACCAGGAAGAAGCUGCGGGUGCUGAUGCUGGCCCCACUGCAGUAUGCCUUCCUCAGAAUGGCCUUUGUUUUGUUGGGCCUGAUGCUGGUACCUGAAGGCAUCUAUAAUCCAGCAGAAAUCUCUGCAACAAGCACAGCUAUGUGGAUCAACGUCAGCCUUGGUGUGUCGGCCCUACUGGCACUCUGGGCCCUGGGCAUCUUAUCCCGCCAGGCCAUGUCACGCCUCAGAGCUCAGAACAUGGGAGGCAAAUUCAUUCUCUUUGAGGUAAUGUUCGUAAUAACUACCCUGCAACCCUCUAUUUUCUCCACACUGGCCAGUGUUGGACAGAUUGCUUGUUCUCCGCCCUUUUCCUCUAAAAUCAGGUCCCAAGUGAUGAACUGCCACCUUCAGGUACUAGAGACCUUUCUGGUCGCUGUACUGGCAAGAAUAUUCUAUCGGAAGCGAGACGAUAAGACGGGGCUUGAACCUUUCUCUUUUCUGGAUCCACCCUCUGAAGUCAAAGCUUAAACAAACACAGACUGGCUCCCCCAAACAAUGGCUGGAGCCACCAAAAAUGCAAAGGUCCUUCUUCACUAGUCCAGAUGUGAAAAGAACAAGGAAAUUCUCACUGUCAUUAUGUAGGCGGCAAAUAACUACAGAGAUUAAAUUGAAUAUUUUAACAUGA